ACUACUACCACCACCACAACUACAACAACUCCAAAACCGAGAACAGAGGGCUCGACCAUGUCCGGUGGGGGAGGCUCGAGCUGGUUGGGUGGUUCCGGUUCCGGUUCCGGUACUGAAACGAAUACAGCAACUGCAGACAAGUCGAAUUCAUCUACCGCGGAUGCUGCAAAAGAUGACAAAGUCGAACCCACCGAAGCUACAGCUGCUGUUGAUGUCUUUGCAUCAGCGCAAACAGCUGAUAACGCCACUAAGGGCAGCGACGGCGAUGACAACAACAUCUUCAACUUGAUGAACAUGCUCGGGAGCUCCGGGGUGUGUCUGAAAGCAGGGUACUUGGUGGCACUUUUUGUCAUCGCUGUAACAACCUGCUUUAACUAAUGACUAACAAAUGACGCGUGGCUCAGGGGUGAGAACUCCAGAUAUCGCUUCUAAUGGUCACAGCAACCAUGCCUUCCUCCAUGUCACAAGUUCUUGAAAUAAAAAAAAUUCAUCUUUC